AUGUCAGGUCCAAGGUUUGGUCGAUGGCCUCGGCGCCUCGACACUCCCAAGGCUGCGGGCCGGGCAGGCGCUUCCCGGCUCUCCUUCUCUUCUGUGGAUUGUGAACUGAGCUCACUCUUCCCUGAGGGGAUGCAGCUGGUUGCCAUGGAGCCCAACUUCCACACUGAAAUGCUGCUAGCAAAGGCUCGCAUCCAGCGUAGAAUGCCGCGAGUUCCUGGCGCAGAGAGUAGACUUCAAGCCUCCACAGUCGCUUUGUUGCUUCCGGUAGUUUCGAUUUUGAAGGUCGAUUCGUGUUGGAGAAUUCAGCGCAUGCGCUGGCCAUUCCGGCUUUACUAUGGGAUCCUCGUUACGGCGAUUACAGCUGCGGCUACAUUGGCAUCCCAGGAACCGGCCGCUUUCGAUGCUGCCGUGGCAGCUGCGACUCAAGAGCCGCUUGCGAGAAUCCAUGUGGCUGCUGGCAUCAAGGUGCCGAGCGACGCAUGCGACUCCAAUGCGACGUGCCAUCUGCAGAUACUCAUGCCUACUGGGUUGUCAGCCCAAGACUCUGGCUGCGGAGAGGCAUGGGAUUCUUCGAGGGGAGCAGCGGGCUACAAAGCUGACCCGAGUAUCUUCCCGUUCCUAAGCGGCUUUGAGCAAAUGCUCAGCAAUGCGUCAAUGUGUACUGCCGGCCGUGACAACACGUCCGACGUGGACAUUCUCAGUUUCGAACUACAGGGCUUGGAGGCCAACGAAACCUACGUAUUUCAGUUUUCUGUUAUUAGCCCUGCAUUUGCAGCUGAUAACAACCAUUGGCAAUUUCACAUAUACAAUGCAUCUGGAAAUUUGUUGUUUGCACAGAAUGUCACCGGGUUUGACAUAGUCAACGCGUCGUCGAACAACCUCAGCACUGUUGAAGCUAUGAUCUACGGACCUGCACAUACACACAACAGUGAACUGGCAGCAGCCAUCUCGCUGAAGCUUACUACCGCCUGCGGUGGUGAGUGGUACGCUUCUCACAUCUUCGGCUUACUGCCGUGCCAACUCCUCGUGCACCUGCCACCAGGCUUCUGCGGAAAGGGAGCGGCAUUCGGCGUGACUGCUACAUCAUCUUUCAGCCUUUGUCCUGACUGGAUGCUGUUCGGCCUGAAUGCAAGCGAUGCAUCAGCUGGCAAUACAUCCUGUUUGACUUCUGUUUCUCAUGCUCAUCACAUAAAGGAGGUGAUGUACACCAAUCACAAUGGGACAUGCGUCACCAGCGCCACAAUGAGUCCCGGAGAGUUCCUUUAUUUUCCUGCCUCCAGCCAAGCUCACUGCCAGAUGAUGUGCAGCCAGAGAGAUGACUGCUAUGGCUUCUCUGUGAUGCCACCAAUGUCCAAUUGCUUCCUUUGGCUAGAUGGUCCCCUGACCACUGCCAGUGGCAGCCCCCAGCUAAUGGACUGCAACAUCAAGACGAAGGAAGAUUGCCUUUUCCGCCUGACUGUUCCAGAGCCUCUCGCUGGCAACACUGACUUUGUCCGUUAUGCGUUCCAACUGCAUCUCGAAGUGGACGAUGUUGCCGACGAGACUCUUCCGUGGAGCCUUGUCGGCCUAGAUGGCGGACUUUGGAGGACCUUCGAAACCGCUGUCAACGCUUCAGCCGUGCCCACCACUUCGACUACCACAACACUUGCCAACUUAACUUUGCAACUCUUCCCCAGCGUGCUACAGCCUUAUGAAGUUGGUCCAGUAUGUAUACUGUUUCGAUUGUCCUCGGACCUCAAUGGGGGCGAGAUCCAUUUACACUUGCCUCCUUACUUCGAGCUUCCAGAUCCGGACGAAGGAUAUGACCGCUUCCACAGACCAUUUUACAUUUCAGCAGAUCCUGUCCUUUUCCCGCUGACCCUCCUCACGAAUGCCACAGAAGACGUGAUGGCACUGCCUUCAGGAUCAGAGGCUAUGCCUGCUUCGGAUGAUGCGGGCAGGGCCUUGUUGAAAAUCGACUUGGCUGGAGAGCGACUGAUGUCCGAUGUCCUCUACGCAUUCCAGUUUGACUUGCAGAAUCCCAUCGCCGCAAAGGCAGCCGAGUACUAUCCGCUUCCACCUCCACCUGUUGAGAAUGUGACCAACGAAACAAACAUGACCAAUAUGAGCAAUUAUAGUGAGAACGAAAGCAACGCUACGAGCGAAUACGAGCCCGAGAGCAUUAACAAAUGGCGAUUUGCCACUGUUGAUGGGACCGGCCGGAUGAUUCACGAUCAGACAGUGGAUGGCUACACACUGGAGCCGCCUGCCAAUGUAAGCAAUAUAUCUACUGGCCCAGUACAAGUGUUCGAACUGUUUGAAGCAGCUGCUUUUGUUCCCAGCUCGGUGGAUGCAGACUCGAUUAACGACAUCUGUGCCGGAUUCAGAUUGCGAAGCCGGGCAUGCCUGUCGCCAUAUGGCUGCGAAAUCCACAUUUAUCCACCUCCUGGUUUCUUACCGGAAACGGAAUUCUGCGGAAGAGCGUUCCAGAGGGGAGCUGGGAAGACGAAGCUGGCGCAGCCUGCGCUCUUCGCGUUCCUCACAGGUCAGGAGCAUGGCCUCGAUCCUUUGACUGCCUGUGCAAUGCAGCUGAACCAGACAUCCAUGCAGACUCACAUUACGCUUCUUCUGCCCCCGAGCGACUUGAUGGAUUUCAUGUCCUAUGCUUUCCAGUUUACGUUGGUGAACCCGUCCCAAACACCUGUCGACAACAACUGGGCCUUGCAGCUGUGGAGCGUCGAUGCGCAAGGUGGAGAAUUGGAGAGACACGUUACACACCAUCAAGAUGAUGUGUCUGGGUUCGAAGUGGAUAACGCUCCAAUUGUACGUCCAACGCAGUAUGUUCGUGCAGACAAAGCUGUUCGUUUGCUGGACCACGACUAUGCAGUGGCCAUGGAGUUCAAGACGAGUCGUGAUUGUGGUGGCGCUGACUGGGUUGGCAGUGGUAUCUGGGGUGAUACCGUCUGCCUGAUGAAGGCUCACCUGUCCAUCCGUUGCCUUGACCUUUCUGGCAAGUCUUCCAAAGCAUUCGAUGCUCCAAGCACCGGUUUCCUGGAGCCGUGUAUGGACAUUGGCCUCUUCCCCGAGCUGGAGAACGAGUGGACCGUGCACUUCAUCGAAAACGGACUUUCCAUGAUCAAUGCAGAAACUUUGCCGGCUUUCUCCCUUAUCUCCACUACCAGCACAACCACCGAGCCCUUCAUUCGCGCUGCACUCUUUGCCAUGAGCGAGGACAGGUUGAUGCCGCCGGUCGUCUGCCUCAGCUUCGAAGUUGCUGACGAGUUUCUCGAGCAGCCAACUUUACGCUUGUACAUGCCAGAAGGCUUUCGAAGCAUUGGUGGUUCCUGUGGGUAUGCGGAAGCCAACACAACUUUCUUCCCUGAAUGCAGCGGCGAGAUGCCUGUGCCAGCAUCGGAGAUCUCUUGCCAGGAAGGGUUCGACAAGCAGCAACUUCGAUAUUACUUGCACUUCGAGGCCUCAGGUGACGCGAACAGCUCUUCCGGCUUCGCUUUUCACUUCCAGGUGAAGGCCCCGCGGACGAACCCAGAACCGAACACGUGGAGCUUGACACUGAGUGCUCAGACGCAGAAGAAGGCUUACGGUCAGAACCACGUGGCAGGAUUCAUGGUAGAGGAUCGCUGCAGCUGCACAUAUCAGGGGCACCUACUGCCGUCCGAUGUGAUCUCCCAGUAUCCCGAGGAGAGUCCCGGAAUGUAUGGAGACUUCCCGAACAUCGGUGUCUAUGGCACAAGCUGUGCUCCCUGGGACUUUGUUCCAGGAACACCGCACUAUGGAAACUGUUCUGAGAACAGCAACUGGUCCAGCCCUUUGUACAGCUGGUGCCAGCUGCCUUGGUGCUAUGUGAGCAGCCAGUGCAACAGCAAGCUUGCAUCAAGAAUCUUCAAUGGUUCCGAUUUGUAUUACAGCUACGACGUAUGUGGGCAGGCACCGGAUUGCUAUAACCAAAUGGACCAGCCGCGCUGUCCAUACGAUCCGUCUGGCACAGCAUCCUACGCUGUCCACAAGGGGAAUGGCUGCGAGUGCCUGUACCACGGUGCAAAUCUGCCACUGAGUGUCUACAUGGAGUUUCCUUCGCACCAUCCAGGUAUGUAUGAGAAUUUGACCUACAUCAGCAUCUAUGGCACUACCUGCGCAGCAUGGGACCAGAUGCCGGAGACGCCGGGAUCAGCGUACUGCGCAAACAACGCUGACUGGUGUCACUCGCAAUUCAACUGGUGUCAGCUCCCAUGGUGCUUUGUUGGGGAAGGCUGUUCGAGCGGGCUAGCAAUGCAGGGGUUCGGUGGAUCUGCUGCAUCUUUCUACAGUUAUGACACAUGCCUGUCAGCACCAGACUGCCGCACAAUGCCGUUUGACGAGUCGUGUCCCUUUGAUCACGCCGAUGUGCAUUGGGCAACGGCAGCAGAUUGUCCCAAUGGUUGGUCGGACGUGUGCAAGUGCAUGUAUCAAGGGGAGAUGCUCCCGCCGCAAGUCUACCUGAACUAUCCCAUGGAUGAGCCCGGUAAAUAUGCACAGCUCGCCAAUGUUGCCAUUUACGGAACGUCAUGUGCGGCGUGGGACUCGGUUCCUUCUACACCGAUGGCAGGAAUGUGCAGCGGGGCAUCCGACUUUACCACGGCAGAACGCAACUGGUGCCAAGUACCGUGGUGCUACGUGAGUGCAGACUGCGCAUCGGCUGUUGCCUCAACUGUGUUCAACGGUUCGGACGUGCUACACUACAGUUAUGAUGCUUGCGGAAAUGCUCCAGAUUGUUAUAACAACUUUGCUGGCGAUCUCCGCUGCCCCUACGAUCCGAGUGGUGAUGGCACCUUCUCUGUGCACAAGGGUCACGGAUGCGAGUGCAUUUUUCAAGGUGUUGAGAUGCCGCUGGAGGUGUAUAUGCACUAUCCGGACGAUCAUCCAGGCAGGUUUGCAAACUUGACCUACAUCAGCAUCUAUGGCACUACCUGCGCAGCAUGGGACCAGAUACCGGAGACGCCGGGAUCAGCAUACUGCGCAAACAACGCUGACUGGUGUCACUCGCAGUUCAACUGGUGUCAGCUCCCGUGGUGCUUUGUUGGGGAAGGCUGUUCGAGCGGGCUAGCAAUGCAGGGGUUCGGUGGAUCUGCUGCAUCUUUCUACAGCUAUGACACAUGCCUGUCAACACCAGACUGCCGCACAAUGCCGUUUGACGAGUCGUGUCCCUUUGAUCACGCCGAUGCGCAUUGGGCAACGGCAGCAGAUUGUCCCAAUGGUUGGUCGGACGUGUGCAAGUGCAUGUAUCAAGGGGAGAUGCUCCCGCCGCAAGUCUACCUGAACUAUCCCAUGGAUGAGCCCGGUAAAUAUGCACAGCUCGCCAAUGUUGCCAUUUACGGAACGUCAUGUGCGGCGUGGGACUCGGUUCCUUCUACACCGAUGGCAGGAAUGUGCAGCGGGGCAUCCGACUUUACCACGGCAGAACGCAACUGGUGCCAAGUACCGUGGUGCUACGUGAGUGCAGACUGCGCAUCGGCUGUUGCCUCAACUGUGUUCAACGGUUCGGACGUGCUACACUACAGUUAUGAUGCUUGCGGAAAUGCUCCAGAUUGUUAUAACAACUUCGCUGGCGAUCUCCGCUGCCCCUACGAUCCGAGUGGUGAUGGUACCUUCUCUGUGCACAAGGGUCACGGAUGCGAGUGCAUUUUUCAAGGUGAUGAGAUGCCGUUGGAGGUGUAUAUGCACUAUCCGGACGAUCAUCCAGGCAGGUUUGCAAAUUUGACCUACAUCAGCAUCUAUGGCACUACCUGCGCAGCAUGGGACCAGAUACCGGAGACGCCGGGAUCAGCAUACUGCGCAAACAACGCUGACUGGUGUCACUCGCAUUUCAACUGGUGUCAGCUCCCGUGGUGCUUUGUUGGGGAAGGCUGUUCGAGCGGGCUAGCAAUGCAGGGGUUCGGUGGAUCUGCUGCAUCUUUCUACAGCUAUGACACAUGCCUGUCAGCACCAGACUGCCGCACAAUGCCGUUUGAAGAGUCGUGUCCCUUCGAUAGUAGGGACACGAAUUGGCCGACUGCCGUAGAGUGUCCGGACAGCUGGUCCGAUGUGUGCGAAUGCCAAUUCCAGGGCUCGGUGCUGCCAGAGGCUUUGUUCAUGCAAUAUCCCAUGGAGGAGCCUGGAAAGUAUGCCCACAUGCCCAACAUCGGUGUCUACGGCACAACCUGUGCUGCCUGGGAUCAAGUGCCUGGAACCCCCAUGUCAAGCAGAUGUGCGCCGGGUUCUGAUUGGUCGAGUUCCGACUUCAAUUGGUGCCAGCUACCAUGGUGCUUUGUGAACAGUUCCUGCGCUUCGAGGAUUCCAACUCGGAUGUUUAAUGGAUCGAUGCUCUACUACAGCUAUGAUUCCUGCGGCAAUGCACCAGAUUGCUAUCAUGAUUUCGGGCAAGAUCUGCGGUGUCCGUACGACCCGUACGGCAGCAAGAGUUAUAAGGUUCAUAAGGCUGAUGGCUGCGAGUGUUUAUUCCAUGGGCUUGAGCUUCCACCUGAAACAUUUCUCUUAGAUGCAGAUGCCGACUCGGACACCUCAGAAAUUUUCGGCAACACGUCGUUUGCAAGGAUCUAUGGGACGACCUGUGCGGCAUGGGACCAAAUGCCUGGAAGUCCUUGGGCCGAGCAUUGUCCCCGUGAUGCGGAUUGGUGCCACAGCGAACACAACUGGUGCCAGUUGCCGUGGUGCUAUGUUUCUGAAGCCUGUCAAACGAAAAUGAGCAGCACUAUUUUCGACAAUGCAUCUGAAGUAGCAUUCUAUAGCUAUAACACUUGUUUGGACACCCCCAGCUGCCGAUCAAUGCCAUUUGACGCUUCGUGUCCGUUCGACAGCAGAGACAUCCACUGGCCAACUGCCGUAGAGUGUCCGGACAGCUGGUCCGAUGUGUGCGAAUGCCAAUUCCAGGGCUCGGUGCUGCCAGAGUCUUUAUUCACUCAGUUUCCCACGGAAGAGCCACGCAGAUUUGCCGACAUGCCCAACAUCGGUGUCUACGGCACAACCUGUGCGGCCUGGGAUCAAGUGCCUGGAACGCCCCUGUCAAGCAGAUGUGCGCCGGGUUCUGAUUGGUCGAGUUCCGACUUCAAUUGGUGCCAGCUACCAUGGUGUUAUGUCACCCCUGAGUGUCCGUCGCGGAUUCCAACUCGAGUUUUCAAUGGUUCCAUGGCGUACUACAGCUACGAUACAUGUGGAAAUGCACCAGAUUGCUACAGUCAUUUCCACUGGGAUCAUCGGUGCCCUUACGAUCCGCACGGCGGCGAGACUUUUAGGAUUCACAAGAAUGCGGAGUGCGAUUGCUUGUUUCAUGGGUCACUGCUACCGCAAACAGCCUACAGUCUGCAUCCCUUAACCGAAGCUGGCAAAUUUGCAAACCUCUCUCACAUCAGCAUCUACGGGACGACCUGUGCGGCAUGGGACCAAAUGCCUGCAAGUCCUUGGGCCGAGCAUUGUCCCCGUGAUGCGGAUUGGUGCCACAGCGAACACAACUGGUGCCAGUUGCCGUGGUGCUAUGUUUCUGAAGCUUGCCCCACGCGAUUGAGCAGCACAGUCUUCGACACUCCGGCUACAGCAUUCUACAGCUAUGACACCUGUUUAGGAACACCAAAUUGUCGCACAAACCCGUUUGACGAGUCGUGUCCCUUCGAUAGUAGGGACACGAAUUGGCCGACUGCGGUAGAGUGCCCAGACAGCUGGUCCGAUGUGUGCGAAUGCCAAUUCCAGGGCUCGGUGCUGCCAGAGGCUUUGUUCAUGCAAUAUCCCAUGGAGGAGCCUGGAAAGUAUGCCCACAUGCCCAACAUCGGUGUCUACGGCACAACCUGUGCUGCCUGGGAUCAAGUGCCUGGAACCCCCAUGUCAAGCAGAUGUGCGCCGGGUUCUGAUUGGUCGAGUUCCGACUUCAAUUGGUGCCAGCUACCAUGGUGCUUUGUGAACAGUUCCUGCGCUUCGAGGAUUCCAACUCGGGUGUUUAAUGGAUCGAUGCUCUACUACAGCUAUGAUUCCUGCGGCAAUGCACCAGAUUGCUAUCAUGAUUUCGGGCAAGAUCUGCGGUGUCCGUACGACCCGUACGGCAGCAAGAGUUAUAAGGUUCAUAAGGCUGAUGGCUGCGAGUGUUUAUUCCACGGAGCGGCUCUUCCGGGUGAGGUAUACGGGUCAUACCCCAGCAACGAGCCGGGGAAAUAUGCAAACCUCACCUACAUCAGCAUCUACGGGACGACCUGUGCGGCAUGGGACCAAAUGCCUGGAAGUCCUUGGGCCGAGCACUGUCCACGUGAUGCAGAUUGGUGCCACAGCGAGCACAACUGGUGCCAGUUGCCGUGGUGCUAUGUUUCUGAGGCUUGCCCCAGUCGGUUGAGCAGCAUGGUUUUCGACACUGUUUCUACUGCCUUUUAUAGCUAUGACACCUGCCUGUCAGCCCCUGAUUGCCGCAUGAUCCCGUUCGAUCGUUCCUGUCCCUUCGAUGGCAGAGACACGGGCUGGUCCACGGCCAAGCAGUGCCCGGACAGCUGGUCCGAUGUGUGCGAAUGCCAAUUCCAGGGCUCGGUGCUGCUAGAGGCUUUGUUCAUGCAAUAUCCCAUGGAGGAGCCUGGAAAGUAUGCCCACAUGCCCAACAUCGGUGUCUACGGUACAUCCUGUGCUGCCUGGGAUCAAGUGCCUGGAACCCCCAUGUCAAGCAGAUGUGCGCCGGGUUCUGAUUGGUCGAGUUCCGACUUCAAUUGGUGCCAGCUACCAUGGUGCUUCGUGAACAGUUCCUGCGCUUCGAGGAUUCCAACUCGGGUGUUUAAUGGAUCGAUGCUCUACUACAGCUAUGAUUCCUGCGGCAAUGCACCAGAUUGCUAUCAUGAUUUCGGGCAAGAUCUGCGGUGUCCAUACGACCCAUACGGCAGCAAGAGUUAUAAGGUUCAUAAGGCUGAUGGCUGCGAGUGUUUAUUCCACGGAGCGGCUCUUCCGGGUGAGGUAUACGGGUCAUACCCCAGCAACGAGCCGGGGAAAUAUGCAAACCUCACCUACAUCAGCAUCUACGGGACGACCUGUGCGGCAUGGGACCAAAUGCCUGGAAGUCCUUGGGCCGAGCACUGUCCACGUGAUGCAGAUUGGUGCCACAGCGAGCACAACUGGUGCCAGUUGCCGUGGUGCUUUGUUGGCGAACGAUGUCGAAGUAGAGUGGCUAGCACAGUGUUCAAUGGUUCAGCAGUGGCUUACCACAGUUACGACACGUGUCUUUCCACUCCAGAUUGUUCUGAGCUGCCCUUUGACAAUGCCUGUCCCUUCGAUUGGACGUAUUCCAGCUGGAGCACUCCUGUACAGUGCCCUUACAAUUGGUCCGAUGUUUGCGACUGCAUAUAUCAGGGUGCCAAGCUGCCUGCAGAUCUCAUCAGGCACUUUCCUUUAGAAUUUCCGGGUAAGUUCAAAGACUAUCGAAACAUCGAGACUUGGCUGAGCAGUGUAUGGUACGACCUGCGCCGCGUGGGAUCAGGUCCCUCUCAUCAAAAGGUGCCACACACGCCGCUUUCUGGACACUGCAAGCCGGGAUCGAACUGGACCGACUUGGAUUACAACUGGUGCCAGCUUCCUUGGUGCUAUGUGGAUUCAGCGUGUCCAACAAGACUGAGGACACAGCUCUUCCACGGGUCAAAUGUAUCAUACUUCAGCUACGAUGCAUGCGGGAAUGCACCGGACUGCUAUCACGACUUCGCAAACCCUCGUUGCCCAUAUGAUCCGUAUGGUACGAAGUCAUACAAAAUUCACAAAGGCAAUGGGUGCGAAUGCGUCUAUCAAGGGGAUUUGCUUCCGACCUACAUCUUCGAGAACUUUCCUCUUCACCAGCGUGGACUCUAUGCCAAUCUGACAGCCAUUGGGAUUUACGGUACAACCUGUGCAGCGUGGGACCAGGUGCCGGAAACUCCCUUGGCAGACCACUGUCCUCGCGAUGCCGACUGGUGCCACUCAGAUUUCAACUGGUGCCAGCUGCCUUGGUGCUAUGUUUCCUCGGAGUGCUCCAGCAAGCUACGAACACGUUUGUUCGACGGAUUCAUUGAUAUGUUUUACAGUUAUGACACCUGUCUAUCUACACCAGAUUGCUACACUGAUCCUUUUGAUGAUCGGUGUCCUUUCGACAGCAAGGACACAGCUUGGUCGACGGCCAGUGAGUGUGAGGACACGAACAACGACGUUCGCUUUGACGGGUGGACUGAUGUGUGUCGGUGCAAGUAUCAAGGAACUGUGCUUCCCGAGGAGCUCUACACGAGUUAUCCGACUCAGGCACCGGGUCAGUUCAUGCAUCUCUCCAACAUCGGUGCCUAUGGGACAUCGUGCGCUGUGUGGGACUACAUGCCAGAUAUGCCCAUGUCCAGCCAUUGUCAGCCCGGGUCGAACUUGUCGAGCCCUGACCACAACUGGUGUCACCUCCCCUGGUGUUAUGUCAGCGACGAGUGCGUCUACAAGAUUCCCAGCCGCGUAUUUAACGGAUCAACCGCUCAUUUCAGUUAUGAGAUCUGCGGAGAUGCUCCGGAUUGCUACAGCAACUACUUAGUUGAUGCCAGGUGUCCAUACGAUCCGCAUGGCACGAGCUCCUACACUCUGCACAAGGGACAUGGAUGCGAAUGCCUGUACUAUGGUGGAGAGCUGCCACCCGAUGUGUAUCACAACUAUCCACUGGAGCAGCCAGGAAGAUUUGCCAACCUCACCUUCGUCAAGGUCUAUGGUACAGGUUGCGCAGCCUGGGAUCAAGUGCCAGAGACUCCCUUGUCGGAGUACUGUCCUGUGGGUAGCGACUGGUGCAAUUCCGCAAGCAACUGGUGUCAACUUCCCUGGUGCUACGUAGGUAGCAACUGUUCGAGCAGGGUUGCGAGUACAGUCUUUGCAGGUUCGGAAGCAGCAUUCCACAGCUACGACACGUGCCUGUCGACGCCCGACUGCUACAGCUAUCCCUACGACUUGGCUUGCCCGUUUGACCGCAUGGAUAAUGACUGGUCGACGCCAGCGGACUGUCCGGACAGAUGGUCUGACGUGUGUGAGUGUGUAUUUCAAGGUGACACCUUGCCACCAGAGCUGUACACGAACUUUCCCGUCGAGGAGCCGGGCAUGUACGCAACUUUGCCAAACGUUGCCAUUUAUGGAACGUCUUGUGCUGCAUGGGAUCAGGUUCCAGGCACUCCUUUGGCGAAGCAGUGCAUGGUUGGCUCCAACUGGACAGAUUCUGAGUUCAACUGGUGCCAGAUCCCCUGGUGCUACGUCGACUCGCGUUGUGCCUCGAGAAGACAGAGCCUGGUCUUCAAUGGUUCCAGCACCAUCUUUUACAGCUAUGAUUCCUGUGGCAACGCGCCGGAUUGUUACAACCAGUUCGACACUGACCCCAGAUGUCCGUACGAUCCUUACGGCAGCCAGCACUUCGUUUUGCACAAGGGAAGGGGCUGUGACUGCCUGUACCACGGCAGGGAGUUACCUCCCAGUUUGUGGCAGGACUUCCCCAUGCUGGACCCCGGAAAAUUCGCCAGCCUGCCGCAUGUGAAUGUUUAUGGGACUUCUUGUGCGGCCUGGGAUCAAAUCCCUGGAACACCAUGGGCGCAGUAUUGCCCUGCAGAUGCAGACUGGUGCCAUUCGCAGAACAAUUGGUGCCAGCUGCCGUGGUGUUACGUGGGAGAGGAGUGCCCGACUCGCAUGGGCGGCAAAGUUUUCGAAGGAGCUAUGACGUACUUCAGCUAUGAUACAUGUCUGUCAACGCCACAGUGCUAUCAAGAUCCAUUUGACGAGGCCUGUCCUUUUGACAUGACAGAUUCAGGAUGGUCCACUCCGGCAGCAUGCGCCAUGGGAUGGUCAGAUGUUUGUUCCUGUGCCUAUCAAGGUUCAUCCUUGCCAGAAGGGCUCUACCUGAACUAUCCCCGGCAGGACCCAGGAAGGUAUGCACACUUAGACAAUGUGGCGAUUUACGGCACCAGCUGCGCAAGCUGGGACAUGAUGCCUGACACUCCAUUUGCGAGCUUUUGCCCCGCCGGAUCGGAUUGGUCCAGUGCCGCUUACCAUUGGUGUACCCUCCCUUGGUGUUAUGUCGACAGCCGAUGCCCGUCUCGUCACUUCUCUUCUGUCUUCAAUGGCUCUCGCACUGCUUGGUACAGCUACGAUACUUGUGGAAACACUCCGAACUGUUAUGAUUACUAUGAUACUGACGAGCGCUGUCCAUACGACCCAUCGGGCACGAACUCCUACACUCUGCACAAGGGACAUGGAUGCGAAUGCCUGUACUAUGGUGGAGAGCUGCCACCCGAUGUGUAUCACAACUAUCCACUGAAGCAGCCAGGAAAAUUUGCCAACCUCACCUUCGUCAAGGUCUAUGGUACAGGUUGCGCAGCCUGGGAUCAAGUGCCAGAGACUCCCUUGUCGGAGUACUGUCCUGUGGGUAGCGACUGGUGCAAUUCCGCAAACAACUGGUGUCAACUUCCCUGGUGCUACGUAGGUAGCAACUGUUCGAGCAGAGUCGCGAGUACAGUCUUUGCAGGUUCGGAAGCCGCAUUCCACAGCUACGACACGUGCCUGUCGACGCCCGACUGCUACAGCUAUCCCUACGACUUGGCUUGCCCGUUUGACUCUAGAGAUUCUGGUUGGUCAACGGCUUCUGAUUGUCCUGACGGGUGGUCGAACAUCUGCGAGUGCAAGUAUCAAGGCACCGUUCUGCCAGCUGCCAUUUACAUGAACUACCCUGCCCAAGACCGGGGAAGAUAUGCAGAUUUGCCCUACAUAGAUGUUUAUGGCACAUCUUGUGCUGCAUGGGACCAAGUUCCCGGGACCCCCUUCGCGCCACUCUGCCCGCCGGGGUCCGACUGGUCAACUGCUGAGUACAACUGGUGCCAGCUGCCCUGGUGCUAUGUGGAUCCGGAGUGCGUGACCAUGCGCCCUACCAGCGUUUUCAAUGGUACGUCUAUGUACUACAGUUACGAUGCAUGCGGCAAUGCUCCUGACUGCUACAACUACUUCGACGUCGAAGAGCGCUGCCCUUGGGACCCAUAUAACACAAAGGCGUACCGCCUGCACAAAGCACAUGGGUGCGAGUGCAUCCAUGCUGGAAAACAACUUCCACUCGAUUUGAUUCAGCAGUAUCCCUUGAGCGAGCCAGGUAAGUAUGCCAAUCUGACUUUUAUCCGAAUAUAUGGAACGAGUUGCGGCUCGUGGGAUACCUUAGCAGGUGGCCCAUGGCACGAUUACUGCAUUCCAGGCUCCGACUGGUGUUCUACUGACAGCAAUUGGUGCCAGACCCCCUGGUGUUUUGUGGGCGGUUCGUGUGCCACCAGAAUACGAAGUUCAGUGUUUGAUGGGCCGGCCACUAGGUUUUACAGUUAUGACACUUGUCUUUCCAGCCCAGAUUGCAGCAGUAGUCCCUAUGAUGCAUCUUGUCCCUUUGACUCGAGCGACAACGGCUGGUCAACGGCCGGACAAUGCCCAGACAGCUGGUCAGAUGUGUGCGAUUGCAUCUAUCAAGGCAGCACUCUCCCAGCUGCUAUCUACGACAACUUCCCAUCCUUCCAGCCUGGCAGGUGGUCAACAUUGGGAAACAUCGCUAUCUAUGGCACGACGUGUUCUGCCUGGGAUGUGGUGCCGCAGACACCGCUCUCCAUCUUCUGUCCGACUGGAGCCGACUGGUCCUCCGAAAGUUUCAACUGGUGCCAGCUGCCCUGGUGCUAUGUCAGCAGCAGCUGUGUUACAAAGGUUGCCACUCGCAACUUUGAAGGAGCGGACUUGUGGUACAGCUACCACACCUGCGGCAAAGCACCUGAUUGUUACAACCACUUCGAUACCAGCCUCAAAUGUCCAUAUGAUCCUUAUGGCACCCAAAGCUACCAGGUGCACAAGGGGGGCGACUGCGCCUGCAAGUAUCAUGGCUUCGAGCUUCCGUUCAAUGCAUACACCAGGUUCCCUGUCGCAGAGCCCGGGAAGUAUCAGAACAUGCCACACAUUGCAGUGUAUGGCAGCACAUGUGCUGCAUGGGAUCUGGUGCCUGAAACGCCCAGCUACUGCCCUGGCGGUGUGGAUUGGUGUGCCAGCGAGCAUAACUGGUGUCAGCUUCCCUGGUGUUUCGUUGGAGCCAACUGCAGCACUAGGAUUGCCAGCUCCGUUUUUCAGGGGUCGGAGGUGGCUUUCUACAGCUAUGAUACCUGCUUAUCCGCGCCGAAUUGUCGGGACGAAAUCUUUGAUACAAGAUGCCCAUAUGAUUCGACCGAUUCAGGUUGGUCAACUCCUCAGGUGUGCUCCGAUGGGUGGAAUGAUGUAUGCCAGUGCCUCUAUCAAGGCGAUGUUUUGCCGGAAGAGGUUUAUGCGAACUACCCGACUCAGCAGCCAGGAAGAUACAUGAACCUAUCGAGCAUUUCGUUCUAUGGUACAAGUUGCGCUGCUUGGGACAGCGUGCCUGGAACUCCUUGGUCGCACCUUUGCCCCGUUGGAUCGGACUGGUCUGACGAGGAAUUCAACUGGUGUCAAGUGCCGUGGUGCUAUGUCAGUGAUACCUGCAAGUCGCGCAUUCGCAGUUCCGUCUUUGAUGGCUCGGCCACUCUUUUCUACAGCUAUGAUGUUUGUGGUGAUUCGCCAGAUUGCUACAACAAUUUUGCAGAUACCCGAUGCCCCUUUGAUCCCUCGCGGGCGCUGUCAUACGCUCUGCACAAGUCCCAAGGGUGCGAGUGCUUGUACCAUGGAAUGGAGCUGCCUGCAGAGACUUACUUCAACUACCCUGUCGAGGAUCCUGGCAAGUAUGCAACGCUUCUCGCAAUCAAGAUCUAUGGAACCAGCUGUGCGGCUUGGGAUCAGAUGCCUGCAACGCCGUGGGCUAGCUAUUGUCCGGCUGGUGCAGACUGGUGUCAUUCAGAUAAUAACUGGUGCCAGCUUGCAUGGUGCUACGUGGGCAGCUCUUGCAACUCUAAACUGCCGACGAAUGUCUUCAACGGCUCGGGAACGAUGUAUUAUAGCUACGACACAUGCUUCUCCACUCCGAACUGCCGCCUUCCGCUUGAACCUGGAUGUCCGUAUGACUCGACACUGGCUCAUUGGGCGACUGGCUCUGAUUGCCCCUAUGGGUGGUCAGACGUUUGCGACUGCAUAUACCAAGGCUCGACCCUACCUGAAGACUUAUAUCGCGAGUUCCCUGUCUCGUGGCCAGGCAUGCACCAGAACCAGUCCAGCAUCGCUUUGUAUGGGACAAGCUGCGCUGCCUGGGAUGUCGUGCCAGGAACCCCACUCGCUAGCACAUGCAUGUCUUCAUCGGCAAAUUACUCGGGGGACAUGAACUGGUGCCAUGUUCCAUGGUGUUACGUCAGCAGCUCUUGCCCCACGCAGUUACCGAGCCGCGUGUUUGACGGCUCGGGUGCUUUCUAUAGCUAUGACAGCUGUGGCAAUGCGCCGGACUGCUACAACGACUUUCAUGCCAGCAGAUGUCCCUUCGACCCAUAUGGGACACGGAAGUACACGCUACAUAAAGGUGAUGGAUGUGAAUGCAUUUUUCAUGGCAUGCGCUUGCCGGUGGAGGUGUACACCAUGUACCCGAGCGAAGAUCCAGGACGGUACAACAACUUAAGUCAUGUUUCAGUGUAUGGCACAGGUUGUGCAGCCUGGGAUCAGAUGCCAGGGACCCCUUGGGCUUCGGCUUGCCCCCGGGGUGUAGAUUGGUGUGCAUCGACCCACAAUUGGUGCCAGCUCGCCUGGUGCUUUGUGUCCAGUAGCUGCGGGACCAGGCUUCCCAGCACUCUUUUCACUGGCUCUGCGGCGGCAUUUUACAGCUACGACACGUGCCUUUCAAUGCCAGACUGUCUCAACUUUCCCUAUGACUCCCGCUGUCCGUUCGACAAGCAGGAUCUGGCGUUCUCCGCCGCUGCCGACUGCCCUUCCGGUUGGACUGACACCCCUGGCGUCCCAAUCACAUCUUUCGAUGCCGUCCUCCUCCUGGAUGACGUAUGGGACUUUCGAGCAUCAGCUUACCAGGAAAGUGUGGAAAGCAGCACAGGUCUCGCCAGCAGUCAGGUUCUCAUGGACUCUGUGCAGUUCCGUGUCGUGAUGCCAUACGCCUUGCUUUGGGCUUCGGUGCAAAUCGGGGAUGCGGAGAUGGUCGCCGCGGCAGCUGCGGCCACCAAGCUUGAUCCUUCCAAGAUCUCCGUGCGAUCCAACAGACGUUUGUCAGCGUGGGACCAGGAACGAAGCGAACGAAGGCUCCAGAGCCUGUUCGAUAUGUAUGCCUUGACCGACAAUGCCGCCGAUUUGAGCAGUAUGCAGUCCAAACUUUCGAAUGUAAGCUUGCUUCAAGCAAGCCUGGCAGCAAGUGGAGUCGAGGCCCGGAUGGAGCCCGGAGGAAGUGCACACAAGGAGAUCCUCGUUUCCACCCGGCUUUUGGCCGCCGAUCCCAUGGAUGCCGCAGUGACAUCUCCUGAUCCUGCAGUCCUGUCCAGCCAGAUGUCGCAACGGUUGGGCAUCGUGAUCACCGCGCAGAUAGAGAACGAGGCCAUCAAGUUGCCACCAACUUCAACGACAGUCACGCUGUCAUCUACAACCACCCUUUCAUCCACGUCAACAUCCAGUACCAGGACACACACCUCCUCGACAACUCUCUCCACAACCUCUAUCACUGUCACAACCACUACGCUAGUCAUCGAUGUUCGAAUCAUGAUCAACGAGGUGGAAUACUCGAGCACAGAAAUCGAAGCCUGGGCUGUUGGACUGAAGUUUUGCCUCCCGGACACCAGCACAAUGACCUCCACCACGAUGACAACCACGGGGCAGUAUGUGGGAGCAGCUGAGAUCGGGGGUGCCGUCGUCUUCCAGCUUUGUCGGGAUAUCUUCCAGCAGGACCCGCCCACCAGUGUGGACUGCUACUGGAGAGAAGAUGCAGAUUCGGAGUGGAUCCUUUUUGGUGGCGCGGGCACAUGUGAGGCUGCCACAUGCCGCUGUGCAGCCUGGAACGCCGGGAACCAUGACUAUCAGCUUCGAUUAAACUUGGGCGGCAUCGACCACUUCACAACUGAGCACCUCGCUACGGCCGCAGGGCCCAAGGAUUGUCCCACAGAAACUACGAGCACUACCACGACAACCACAACUACCACCACAGCUUUGGACAGCAUGGGCGUGCAAGAGAUGAAUGGAGCAGUGUUCUUCCAUGUCUGCAGCGACAUUGAGGGCCCUGUAAUCUGCAGCUGGCGGCGACGAGGAGAGUUCUAUUGGUUUCCGUUCGAAGGCUAUGGCUCCUGCUACGCUCGGAAGUGCACCUGCCCGGCCAUGACAACGGACAUGUUCUUUAGCAUGCGGAUUCCCAGCACAGUCGAGUCAACCACCACAGUGACAAGCAUUACCGGCACUUCAACAACUGCAACAAUGACCACCAGCAUCACACAGCUACCGAACACGACCAUUGCCAAGACGGCUCAUUGCAUCACAGCUCGAGCUGCACCCGGGCUCUUCGGGUUGCUGCUGCUCUGGGCAGCCUCCACGUAG